AUGGAUAUUCUUGAAGAGACACGUAUGUUAAAUGGAAAGCUGGUUGACACACGUAUAACUCCAAAUGUCAAACUUCUACCUAAUCAUGGGGAGCAAUUUUCAGAUUUAGGGAGAUACAAAAGAUUGGUCGGUAAAUUAAACUAUCUCACAGUCACUCGUGCCAACAUUCAUUUUGUAGUCAAUGUGGUAAGUCAAUUCUUAAACUCUCCUUCGGAAGAACACUGGGAUGCUGUGAUACGAAUCUUGAAAUACAUUAAAGGUGCUACAGAAAAAAGUCAAAUUUAUGAAAACAAAAGGCUUACUCAAAUAGUUGAUUAUUCUGAUGCCGAUUGGGCAAGAUCACCCAUUGAUAGGCGAUUCAUUUCUGGGUAUUGUAUACUUGUUGGCGGAAACAUAAUAUCUUAG